AUAUACGAGCAUUUUCCCUCAGUCGCAGAGUCCACUGCUGAUCCAGAAUACGAUGAGGAUUCACUGCGUGCCUGUAGGUGGAUUGCAACGAAGAAGACCGUGAAGAGCAUACGUACAUUGACAUACAGGGAGCGCCUGGACCGACUCCGGAUUUCGGAUGUCUAUUGGAUCCCAUAUGGGGAGCACCGACCGGUCUGGGAAUUUCAUAUGAUUUCAUGCUAUUCCGGUUUGCUGCGCUAGGGGCCAGUUGCUAUGUAUUACCGACCAGAGAGGGUCAUGUGGCAGUUUGGAUACACCUAGACCAUUCCUGCUCCGCUUGUCGAUUCAUGGGUGUCGUUUGAUGAUAUACAUGAUGGGUGGAUGCACUAUUCGGACCAUAUGGCUGUAGCAGGUGACAACUACGUUGUGCCAAGGCAAUGUGCCAGUGACUACAUGGACUGGUUCUUCCGCAUUUCGCAUCCAUUCAUGACACCAGGCCAACCAUCAGAUCCUUGGGCAGAUGGUCAUGCUAUGCAGCCCAGAGUUGCCACUCAGGAUCCAGACACAGAAAUCCAUCCGGUCACGGAGUUAGCAACACCGUCGACAUCUGCAAGGUCCGAUGUGGCCAAGUCGAGACAUGCAGUGGAAGCUUGCCAUGCGAUUGCGGAAAGGUUAGAGAGCCAUCUCAACCUAGGGGUGGUCACGCCAGGCACAUCGACACAUGAGCUGAUCGAAGAAUGCCUUAGGAUUGGCAGGAGUGUCACACAAGACCAGCUAGUAUAUGUUAGGUCUCGACGCAGGCAGUGCACGAAUCAGUCGUAGUUUAUUUACACAUUUUAUAUUGAAAUUCGAUGUAUAUGUUAGGAUUGCCUAAUCUAGCUUAAUGGAUGAUAUUAGGAUUGUGAUC